CCGGACGGCGGGAGUGUACGGCGGCCACUGGCAUGUCGCUGCUGCGAGCUCUUCGCCUCUGCCUGGUCGCGCGGCCCCGGCGCUGCCCGCGGAGGGGGCUUGGCCCCGGCAGCGACCUGCCUUUCUCGCAGGCGGGGCCUCUUUUGCUUCAGUCGCCCGAGCCAUGGCAUUCAUUUCAUGCCGGGCGCUGGCUGUCUUCCUCGGCCUCCAGCAAGGAGCUCCUCAUGAAGCUGCGGCGAAAAACGGGCUACGCCUUUGUAAACUGCAAGAAAGCUCUGGAGGCUUGUGGCGGGGAUCUCAAAAAGGCAGAGAGCUGGCUCCAUAAGCAGGCCCAGAAGGAGGGCUGGAGCAAAGCCGCCAAGCUCCAUGGGAGAAAGACUAAAGAAGGGCUGAUUGGGCUGCUGCAGGAAGGAAACACGACAGUGCUAGUAGAGGUAAACUGUGAGACAGAUUUUGUUUCCAGAAAUUUGAAAUUUCAGCAGUUGGUCCAGCAAGUAGCCCUUGGAACCAUGUUGCAUUGUCAGAGCCUAAGGGAUCAACUCUCCUCGUACAGUAAAGGUUUCUUGAAUUCCUCUGAGCUCUCUGAACUUCCAGCUGGCCCUGAGACGGAAGGCUUUCUCAAGGAUCAGCUGGCCUUAGCAAUCGGGAAACUGGGAGAAAACAUGAGUCUUAAACGAGCUGCAUGGGUGAAGGUGCCAGCUGGGUUCUUUGUUGGCUCUUAUGUCCAUGGAGCGAUGCACAGUCCCUCACUCCACAACCUGGUGCUGGGGAAGUACGGGGCGCUGGUCGUCUGCGAGACGUCGGAGCAGAGGGCAGACCUGGAGGACCUUGGCCGCCGCCUUGGGCAGCAUGUGGUGGGCAUGGCCCCGCUCUCUGUUGGCUCCCUGGAUGAUGAGCCUGGGGGAGAGGCGGAAACCAAGAUGCUGUCCCAGCCAUAUUUGCUGGAUCCUUCCAUCACAUUGGGACAGUAUGUGGAGCCCCACGGGGUGUCUGUGGUAGACUUUGUGCGGUUUGAAUGUGGAGAAGGCGAAGAGGCAGCAGAAGCUGAAUAGGUUCCAGAGACUUUUGUCCCAUCAGGAAAUGUUUAUUCUUAGUUCUGCACACUAAUUCAAAAAGGAGUUAUUUCCUAAGCCUCUUAAAACCCAGAAUUUGUUUUUCAUUUGAGUUUAUAAUGAAAUUUUAAACUUAAAGGGUAAAAUUAUUAAAUAAAUGUUAUAUAAUAAAGAGAGCUAAAUCUUUUCCUUGUUUGUGUAAUGCUGGGUUUAGCUUUUUUGUGUCUUGCUUGUGACAAGUUUUAGAAAACAACUGGUGGGCCUAACUGAGGUGACUGACAGUGUCCAGGAGAACAGGUGCCAACAGCGUGCUGCUUUGCUAUUGAGCGUGCGUUUGUCACAGUGACCAUCAGAUGUCUGUCUCAUUCCGUCUUACUCCUUCUCUGACACAGAAUUCUCCUGUUCGGCUUCCGCUUUGCGAUGCUUUGGACUACAGCUGCUAUCCUGGAACUUCCCCAGUUACAUUACUUGUGCCACAUGGAUUCCUUUGGAAUUAUUGACUCAACCUUAGAGUUGUCUGGAAAAUGUGGUUCAUUUGUUGAUGUCUAGCGUGCUUUGAAGGCCCUCUGCAGUGCAGUAUGCACUAGUUCUGGCCUCAUUACUGAAAUUAAUAACAGAUGGCCCUAUUUCUCUUUUGGAUAAUGGGGUGUGGAUGGUUGGGGACUGAGGUUUCCUGGACAGCCGUAAGGCAGAUUUUGGCAUUCUUGUGCCAGGAACAGGAAUUACAGUGUCCAGUUAUGCAGAGAGCUCACUGCACAGCGCCUCU